UUCUACAAACGAACAUCUUCCGCCUCCGCCAAAACCAAGGAUGUCACCUCUAGAAUUUCGUAAUACAGAUCUCGUUUCGAGAUUACUUGCAGCAACGCCUCCUUACCUCUACAACAUGUCGCUGCUGCCAAACACGUACUUCUUCAGCGAAAUGCUUCGAUCCUUCGUCCAAGCGAAAGCCGAAAGAUCUUCGUCCUUUCAUCCACCUAUAAGGAGAUCCAGAAAACGAAAUUGGCCCACCAGUAGAUCAGAAUAUUACGGAAAACCAUCCACGGAACCGAAAACAGAAGAUUUGAAUCAAGAAACUAUGUGGAACGUCAAAACUAAUAAAAAAACUGAAGAAAAUCCUUUAGAACUAACGAUUAGCAAGCCAGAAACGGAUCAUUAUCACACUAAAAUCGAUAAUUUCAACACCAAAGUAGAGCCGAACACAACAGAUGUCUUCGGAAACCUUCACCAAAAUAUCCAACAAGAUAAUAAUCCUCAAAAUUUAGUUUUACCGCCCCCUCCACCGAUGUGGUACCCUCCUUUAUACCCCACCCCUCCUUAUGGUAUUGAUCCGUUACAUUUCUUCAUAGAUUUAAAAGUAUCAGGCCAUAUUUACGAUAGAAAAAACAUUAAAGAACAAAGUCGAGAAUCUCCGCCUAAAGAAAAAAUUCCACACACAGAAGUAUCAAAUUUUAAACAAGACACGGAUCUUAGUAACACUUUUAAGCAAACUAGGAACGGUUCGGCCUUUUCGGUACCCAAUCCCAACAAGACCUUCGCAGACAACGAAAAUAGAUCAAAGAAAUUCGAUGUCAAAUCGAUGGGUUUUGAUAAAAGCCAGAAUAAAACUAGCACUAAUUACGUUAUGUCGAAUAUUUCGAACAUUUACAAAUGUAUAUACGACAAUAGAGAUCAAAAUAUGACGGAAGGCGUUGAACAUAAACAAGAGACUGAAGAGGAAAAGAAAGUUAAAGAUCUAAGAGCUUUAAUCGGAUUAGAAUUGGUUGUAGAUUAUAUGAAGCACAAGCCAGAAAGGCCUAAUCACGAAGAAUCGUCAACUUCUUCGGAUAUUGAGUCAAUUGGCAGCCCUACUUUGGAAGUAGUCGAUGAAAACUGGUUAGUAUUGAAAAUAAUCAACUUUACGGGUUAA